CAAUGCCCAUAAUUUUCACAUCAAAACAUCUUCCUUUUGACUUGCCACAAAAGAAAGAAAGACAAUAAACAGAAAAACCUUCCUUAACUCCUUUCCCCUCCUCACACCUUCAUAACCAAAACGCGUUCAUUCAUUGCCACCCCCAUUUCCUCUGAUCCAUCAACAAACACCAAAGAUCUCAUCUUUUUCGCAUUUCUGCAACUGGGUAUUUUUUGUUUUUCUCGGCGGCGAUCUUCACGAAGGGUGAUGGUGAAAACCGACGGUGACAAGAAGAGGGGUUUCGGAACCAGAUGGCUUUGGCUGGUGGUUGCUCUUGUCGCCGCCUUUGUUGCCAUGGCUGUGUCUUCCAAAACUUCUUCCAAGAUAGCUCUCUUUGGAGCAAUUGAUAGAGCAUGUCACUGUGCUCGGGGUACACCAAAGUACAGUGGCAUGGUGGAGGAUUGUUGUUGUGAUUAUGAAACUGUGGACCGUCUCAAUGAGGAAGUGUUGAACCCAUCCCUCCAAGAACUUGUGAAAACACCAUUCUUUAGAUAUUUUAAGGUUAAAUUAUGGUGUGACUGCCCUUUUUGGCCUGAUGAUGGUAUGUGUCGGCUGCGGGAUUGUAGUGUAUGUGAGUGCCCGGACAGUGAGUUCCCCGAAUCAUUUAAGAAGCCCAAGCGCCUUUCGUUGAAUGACCUUGUUUGUCAAGAAGGAAAACCUCAAGCAGCUGUUGACCGUACAUUAGAUAGUAAAGCUUUCAGAGGAUGGACAGAAAUAGACAAUCCAUGGACGAAUGAUGAUGAGACUGACAAUGAUGAGAUGACUUAUGUUAAUCUUCAACUGAAUCCUGAAAGAUAUACUGGUUACACUGGUCCAUCUGCAAGAAGGAUUUGGGAUGCUGUCUACUCUGAGAACUGCCCCAAAUAUCCAUCACAGGAGUCAUGCCAGGAGGAAAAGAUUUUGUAUAAAUUGAUAUCAGGUCUUCACUCCUCCAUAUCGAUACAUAUAGCUGCUGAUUAUCUACUUGAUGAAGCUACAAAUUUGUGGGGCCAAAAUCUAUCUUUGAUGUAUGAUAGAAUCAUGAAAUACCCUGAUCGUGUCAGAAAUUUGUAUUUCACUUAUCUCUUUGUCCUGAGAGCAGUAACCAAAGCUGCAGAUUAUCUGGAACAGGCUGAGUACGACACUGGUAAUCCUAAUGAGGACCUUAAAACACAGUCGUUGAUAAGACAGCUACUUUACAGCCCCAAGCUCCAAGCUGCGUGUCCAGUUCCAUUUGAUGAAGCUAAGCUGUGGAAAGGCCAAAGUGGACCUGAACUGAAACAUAAAAUUCAACAGCAAUUCAGAAACAUAAGUACAUUGAUGGAUUGUGUAGGAUGUGAGAAGUGUCGGUUAUGGGGAAAGCUUCAGGUUCUUGGUCUUGGAACUGCAUUAAAGAUUCUCUUCACUGUUGAUGGUCAAGAAAACUUGGAUCAAACACUGCAGCUACAAAGGAAUGAAGUAAUUGCAUUGAUGAAUCUUCUCAAUAGACUUUCAGAGUCGGUCAAAUUCGUCCAUGAGAUGGGACCUACUGCUGAAAGAGUCAUGGAAGGACACCUUUCUGUACAUUCAAAAUUGAUAUACUCAUGGAACAAAUUUUGGUCUCAUGUACUUAAAGCUUAGGCAGGCAGCGACAGGUGAUAGUUUGGUUUUUGUGAUUUUUGACUCACAUUACUCCAAACAAUGAGGCUUAGGAAACUAUGGUCUUGGUUUGAAAAUUUUCCGAGGAUGUAACAGUAAUGUAUGUAACAUGUCUCAACAUUGAAGAUAAAUGAUAGUUAUACAGGGGAAAAACUGAAUGUAGUGGAAGAUAUGUCAUUUGGGAUGUAAUCCCACUAAUUUUACUGAACAUUCUUUUUUUGGUACAAUGUUGACAUAUAUCGCAACAUGAAAAUAAAUCCACAUGUUAUGUCA